CAUUAAUUAUUUCGGGAGUCGGGACUAGUUUGAUGGCACCAUUGACACGUCACACAUGUUACGAUUUUGCCGUUCCCUACUCCCGUAUUUCGGUAAAUAAUUUGUUCCGCAUUAUCGUUAAUCGGUCCUCAUCUGGCGGGCUUCUUCCCGUAUCAAUGGAGAACCAGAAGGGCUUUGUCAUUGGGCCACGUUCUUUCGCGACUGGUGACACCGUACUGUACUGUGAUCCCUUAGUGUGGGUACUGGAGAGUAAUGCCUACCCAGUACGCUGCGCCUAUUGUUUCCAGGAGGGCCAGGAACUGCGCACCUGCUCGGGAUGCAAACUGCAUCGAUACUGCAGCGUGGCGUGCCAGUCUGCUGACUGGAAGGUGGAGCACAAACUGGAAUGCGCCCUGCUCAAGACGACCGGGACGGGCAUCAUGAUGAACACGGAUCGCGAGACAUCGGGGACCAGUACACACUACAGUCUGGUGGUCCCACGAGAUCUCGUCGCCAAGCUGGACAACAAAAUCAAGUUGGGCACAAUGAUUGAUGUACCGGGUUAGGCGCGAAAUCAGCCCGGGAGCUUUGGCACAUGCUUCCGCCUGAUCCCAUGUUAGCGGAAAAAAAACAGACGAAUUAUCAGGCCUUGGAGACGUGCAGCUGUGCAUUUCUUAUCCAAACAUGCGGGCUUAUUAUCUAACACUGGCGUACCAUGCUGUGCCCAUGUACGAUAUGUUGAACGGGAUGGCACCCAUUGGGGUGGCGGUGUAUCCACUGGUGUCCCCUUGCCUCAUGACGCCGGUGUGCUGGGAUGUGAAUGUGGUAAUGAGCUUCCGCGGGCGCCGCUUGUUCAUCCACGCUGUGGAGGAAAUCCCCAACUAUACCGGACUGAAAGAUCUGCAGUACAACGACAUACAGGAUCCCUUCUGCUCGACCCGAACCGAACGUCGCGGUUCAUUCGAGACACUGCACGGAUAUCCGUGUACAUGCCGGAAAUGCACUCCAAAAUAUGAGGCUGAUAUAAAUCCGCUGCAAUGUGCGACCGUUGGCUGUACAAAUCGCAUCCCGAGUGAUGACCGCGCGCUGCAGCCUUGCGUCGAAUGCGGGGCUUCGAACAAGGAGAAGUUGACGGAGUUCCGUUGUUUCCUGGCGCAGUACGAAGACAUUAGGAUGCGCGGUCCGAAAGAUUCCCAGCUGGCCAUGAUGACCGAUCUGUGCACCGAGAUGGAGGCGGCCGACAUCUUGCAGCCGGACGCGCAUCUCCGGUACUUGUGUGGCUUGGCACUGCCACGCAAGCUUUACUGGGAGAAUCGCUUCGAGGAGGGCUGGAAGAUGAUGCAGGAGAUGACUGACUGCGCUCGGAAUAUUUAUCCAAAAUACGAAGUGUAUCGCGCUAUCGUGCUGUCGCGGGCCGGAUAUAAUUCUGCGACAGCUUUAAAGAAACGGGUGGUGGAGCAGAUUGGUCAGCUGUCAGCAGCGGAGAAAAAACAACUGAAAACGAUAUCGGAUCAAGCGUUUUGUGUUAUUUUCGAGUAUUGCCGGGAAAUGGUGGACAUUUUUACGCUGCUGUAUGGUGAGCGUUCCAAAGAGGCCGUCUUGGGUGACAAUAUGAUCACACGCAUGAACGAUUUUGUGCGCGAUAUCGAGAAAGCUUUCCGUGACAAUGAAUAGCUUGCGCUCUAUUCGCUACCGAAUGGCUUCUGUUUUUUUGGGGGUUGAAUUUUGUUGGUCGUUUGUUGGUGCGCGGUAGUAC